AUGGCAGACUGUAGCAAUCCCCCGUUAUCAUCCUUCAUCAUGGAUGAAGAAACUCUGAAGAGAAAACAGAAGGAGAAGUUAAAGAAACUGAUGGCCACAGGAGGCAAUCCCAGACCUGCACGCUCUCUCCUCUUCUUGACACUUAGGAAUCCCUUCCGACGGGCUUGCAUCAGUAUUGUGGAAUGGAAACCUUUUGAAAUCAUUAUCCUACUGGCCAUUUUUGCCAACUGUGUGGCCCUGGCUGUGUACUUACCCAUGCCUGAGGAAGACAGCAACAUUGCCAAUAGCAAUCUGGAAAGCCUGGAAUACAUUUUCCUCAUCAUAUUCUCUGUAGAAUGUUUCCUGAAAAUAGUUGCCUAUGGAUUUCUUUUUCAUGCUGAUGCUUACUUAAGAAACUGCUGGAAUAUUUUAGACUUUGUUUGUGUAUCAGUUGGACUGUUCACUGUGGCUGUGGAUGCUAUUAAUCACAUCAGUGGAGUGGAACCAGUAGUUGGCGAAAAAGGUGGUGGUUUCGAUAUGAAAGCUCUGAGGGCAUUCAGAGUCCUUCGACCUUUGAGACUGGUGUCUGGAGUCCCAAGCCUGCAAGUGGUCAUGAACUCCAUUCUGAAAUCCAUGCUGCCCUUGUUUCACAUAACCCUACUGGUCUUUUUCAUGGUUACCAUCUACUCUAUCAUGGGUCUUGAGCUUUUCAAAUGUAAAAUGCAUAAAACUUGCUACUACACAGGCACAGACAUCAUUGCUACAGUGGAGAAUGAAAAGCCUGCCCCAUGUGCCCAAGCAGGGAAUGGGCGUCGUUGCUCCAUCAAUGGGACCGAGUGUCGAGCUGGCUGGCAGGGCCCAAACCAUGGGAUCACUCACUUUGACAAUUUGGGAUUUUCAAUGCUGACUGUGUACCAGUGUAUCACUACACAAGGGUGGACGGAUGUCCUCUACUGGGUGAAUGACGCAAUUGGAAUGGAAUGGCCUUGGAUCUUUUUCACCACACUCAUCCUGGUCGGUUCCUACUUCGUGCUCAACCUUGUUCUUGGUGUACUUAGCGGUGAGUUCACCAAAGAGCGAGAGAAGGCCAAGUCCAGAGGUGAGUUUCAGAAGUUGAGGGAGACCCAGCAGCUGGAUGAAGACCUCAAGGGUUAUAUGGAGUGGAUCAUCCAGGGUGAAGUCAUGGAUAUGGACCAGGAGAGACAAAGUUUGCUCCCCACUGAAAAUGGAGGAUCAGAGGCAGGAAGUGUCGAAAAAAUGGACACAAUGCAAUUAAUAAUGUAUUAUUAUAAACAGGCUCGCAAGUGGAACCGCUGGUUACGCCGUAAAUGCCGGGUGUAUGUUAAGUCCAAACUUUUCUACUGGUGGGUGAUUAUGCUGGUCUUCUUCAAUACGCUUGCUAUUGCGACAGAACAUCACAAGCAGUCUGAAAGGCUCUCAAACUGGCAAGACAACACCAAUAAUCUCCUGUUGUCCAUGUUUUCCCUGGAGAUGCUCAUGAAGAUGUAUUCUCUCGGCUUCUCUUCAUAUUUCAUGUCACUCUUCAAUCGUUUUGACUGCUUUGUGGUGUCAACUGGCAUCAUGGAGCUCAUCCUCGUACACAUGAAUAUCAUGUCAGUCAUGGGCAUCUCAGUGCUGCGGUGCAUACGCCUGUUACGUUUGCUCAAAGUCACCAGAUACUGGACUUCUCUGAGUAAUCUGGUGGCUUCUCUCUUGAACUCAGUCCGCUCUAUUGCAUGUUUGCUGUUACUGCUCUUCCUCUUCAUUGUCAUCUUCUCCCUGCUGGGUAUGCAGGUGUUUGGAGGAAAGUUCAACUUUUCAAACCAACCUAAACCGCGGAGCACUUUUGACAGCUUCCCUCAAGCCCUGAUAACUGUUUUCCAGAUUCUUACAGGUGAGGAUUGGAAUGCUGUCAUGUAUGAUGGCAUAAUGGCUCAUGGGGGACCCAGCAUGCCUGGAAUCCUUGUUAGCAUCUACUUCAUCAUCCUGUUUGUCUGCGGAAAUUUCAUUCUUCUAAAUGUCUUCCUGGCCAUUGCAGUCGAUAAUUUGGCUGAGGCUGAAUCUUUAACUUUGGCACAGAAGGAGAAAGCAGAGGAUAAGAAGCGAAAGAAAGCACUCAGGUCCAACUUGCCUCACAAGACUUCUGAGGAAAAAGCUAAUCUUGCAAAGAAAUUAGCUGAGCAGAGAGCCAAGGGCGUUGAGGGCAUCCCCACCACUGCAAGGCUUAAAAUUGAUGAGUUUGAGUCAAAUGUGAAUGAAAUUAAAGACCCCUUCCCUCCAGCUGACUUUCCUGGUGAUGAUGAAGAGGAGGACCCUGAGAUCCCAGAAAGCCCAAGACCUCGUCCCAUGGCUGAUCUUCAAUUGAAGGAAGAAGCGGUACCAAUGCCAGAUUCCAGUUCAUUUUUCAUCUUUGGACCGCAAAACAAGUUCCGUAAACUGUGCCAUCGGAUCAUAAAUGCAACCGCAUUCACCAACAUCAUCCUCCUUUUCAUUCUACUGUCAUCAGUUUCUUUAGCAGCAGAGGAUCCGAUUGACCCAAUGUCCUUCAGGAACCAGGUGUUGGCGUAUGCUGAUAUAGUCUUCACUUCAGUUUUUACAGCAGAAAUUGUCCUCAAGAUGACAACGUAUGGUGCCUUUCUUCACAAAGGUUCAUUUUGCCGGAACUCUUUCAACAUUUUGGAUCUGCUGGUUGUCAGUGUAUCAUUGCUCUCAAUGGGAAUGGAAUCCAGCGCCAUCUCGGUGGUUAAGAUUCUCAGGGUGUUGAGGGUACUUCGACCAUUGAGGGCCAUCAACCGAGCAAAGGGUCUUAAGCAUGUGGUCCAGUGUGUGUUUGUUGCUGUCAAGACUAUUGGAAACAUUGUCCUGGUUACCAUGCUACUUGACUUCAUGUUUGCAUGCAUUGGAGUGCAGCUUUUCAAGGGAAAGUUCUAUUCCUGCACAGACCCAGACAAAAUGACAGAGAAAGAAUGCAAAGGUUGGUAUAUAAAGUAUCAAGAAGGAGCACUUCAUGAGAUGGAGGUCCAUAAGAGGGAAUGGACCAACUCGGAACUAAACUUUGACAACAUCUUCAGUGGAAUGCUGGCGCUCUUCACAAUUUCUACAUUUGAAGGAUGGCCAAAGAUCCUUCGCAAAGCCAUUGAUUCAAAUGUAGAAGAUAAAGGGCCAGUGUACAAUAACCGAGUUGCCAUCUCAAUUUUCUUUAUCAUCUACCUAAUCCUUAUUGCCUUCUUCAUGAUGAACAUAUUUGUGGGUUUCGUCAUCGUCACCUUCCAGGAACAAGGAGAGCAAGAAUAUAAAAACUGUGAGUUGGACAAAAACCAGCGCCAGUGUGUGCAGUAUGCUCUUAAGGCCCGACCACUACGAUGUUAUAUUCCCAAGAACCCUUACCAAUAUCAAGUGUGGUACAUUGUCACAUCCUGUUACUUUGAAUACCUCAUGUUCCUUCUUAUAAUGCUCAACACCAUGUGUCUGGGAAUGCAGCACUGCAACCAGUCUGACCAUGUCACACACCUGUCUGACAUGCUGAAUGUAAUUUUCACUGUGCUCUUCACUGUGGAGAUGAUCCUGAAACUAAUGUCCUUCAAAGCUAAGGGUUACUUUGGAGACCCCUGGAAUGUUUUUGACUUUGUCAUUGUCAUUGGAAGUGUUGUGGAUGUGAUUUUAAGUGAAAUUGAUGCAGCACUAGUGUCCUCUGGAGGGCUUUACUGUCUCCAUGGCUGUGAGGCAGUGGAUCCUAUGCAAGCAAUUGCGUCUUCAGAGAAUAUGAGUGUUUCAAUCACAUUCUUCAGACUGUUUCGAGUUAUGCGUUUGGUGAAACUUUUGAAUCGCUCUGAAGGAAUAAGGAAUCUGCUUUGGACCUUCAUAAAAUCCCUUCAGGCUCUUCCCUAUGUGGCUCUGCUCAUUCUAAUGCUAUUCUUUAUAUACGCUGUUGUUGGAAUGCAGAUAUUUGGCAAAAUUGCUUUGGUUGAUGGUACAAACAUCAACAGGAACAACAACUUCCAGACUUUUCCGCAGGCUGUGCUGUUGUUAUUCAGAUGUGCAACAGGGGAAGCGUGGCAUGAAGUGAUGCUCGGAAGCAUGUAUGGAAAGAAAUGUGAUGCCAAAUCAGAUUACCUACCAGGAGAAGAGUUCACCUGCGGAUCCAACAUUGCCAUCAUUUACUUCAUGAGUUUCUACAUGUUAUGUGCUUUUCUGAUUAUAAACCUGUUUGUGGCUGUCAUUAUGGAUAACUUUGACUAUCUGACCCGUGAUUGGUCCAUUCUGGGCCCUCAGCACUUGGAUGAGUUCAAGAAAAUAUGGGCAGAAUAUGAUCCAGAGGCCACGGGGCGUAUUAAGCAUCUUGAUGUUGUGACACUUCUACGGCGAAUACCCCCUCCUUUGGGUUUUGGCAAGUUUUGUCCUCAUCGUAUUGCCUGCAAGAGGCUAGUCUCCAUGAACAUGCCGCUCAACAGUGACGGAACUGUUACCUUCAAUGCGACUCUGUUUGCCCUGGUUAGAACUGCACUGAAAAUAAAAACAGAAGGUAAUUUUGAACAAGCCAAUGAGGAGCUGAGAGCAAUUAUUAAGAAGAUCUGGAAGCGUACUAGUAUGAAACUGCUGGACCAAGUCAUUCCACCAAUAGGAGAUGAUGAAGUGACUGUGGGGAAAUUCUAUGCAACAUUCUUAAUCCAAGAUUAUUUCAGGAAAAUGAAAAAAAGAGAGGAGGAAUACUAUGAUUCCCGGCCAGCAAAGAAAACUGCAACGAAUGAGAUACAGGCAGGACUUAGGAACAUUGAAGAAGAUUCUGGUCCAGAGCUCCAUCGAGCUAUCUCUGGUGAUCUACAAAAUGAAAAUGAGAUGGACAGAGCUAUGGAUGGAGCUGUAGAAGAAAUAUUCAGGAGGCAAGGCGGUCUUUUUGGCAACCACUCAGAUCCCUUUGUCAUGGAGAGUGACGUGAACAGUGGCAACCAUGCUACAAGUCUGCGCCCACUACAAAUGACAGAGGGAGCCACAAACAAUACUAAAGUGGCGUCUGACCCGUGGCGUCCACCUGUCGCUGCUAUUUCAUCGCUACCUGGCCCGCGGCGACAAAUUUUGCACAUGCUCUCUGGCGACGGAGUUCAACCAGCGGCCAUCUCCUACUCAUCCUUCAGCAACACUCUCCAGCAGCGGGACGCGACUUAUGGCCUCUCGCUUCUGUUUCGGUGGAUUCCAACCUGCAGCCGCUACCUCUCUUUUGCUCCAGCUGCGGUGCCCAGCCUGCAGCUUUCAUUACAUGCUCUUGUUCCAGCAGUGCCCGGCAUGUGCCGUCCAUGAUGUGCUCAUGUCUCAUAAGCACCCGACCUGCAACGUCCACCAUAUGGUCGUUUCAGCGGCGCCCAGCCCGUGCCGUCCAACGCGUGGUCAGAUCUCAUCAGUGCCGACUUGCUAGUAGAGUUCAACUUUAUGCCUCCCACUUCAAUCCGCCCAAGCCACGCCAAGGAAAAUCUGCCCAUGUGUCAACUCGUUUCAUACGACCCAUGUUUUCCAAUCCACCUUCCCAAGUCUCUGUCACUCUACCCCUCUCGUAUCCACUCCUACCAACUCUCAAUGGCAGCAGGCUGAGCAGGCACCUGCUUGACCCCCAGCCGCCUCUUGACCAGCAACAGCCCUUUCGACCAUGCCUUCGCAAUGCUAGACCAGCAGGAGAGUCAGCUGCCACUUUUUGACCACACCGAGGCAGUGCUCAACCACAACCUUCCGCUCCUGUCUCGGCAGUGCUUCGUUUGCAGCUUUCACCUGCUCCUGUUUGGUUCCUGCUUUGCCACUCACCCUAACCCUGCUGCUUGGCAUCCUA